AUGGAGAUGGUCCUCAUCUUCACCUUCUGCCUGAUUCUAGCUGGUACUGAUGCUGUAACUACAGUAACUGGAUACAGAGGACGAUCAGUUCAGAUUAAAUGUAACUACACAUCUGGAUAUGAAGAUUACAACAAGUAUCUCUGCAGAGGUAAAUGUCCCUAUGUUGGGUAUAGCGACGUUCCUGUUCAGUCUGGAUCUCCUGCUAAAGACUCCAGAUUCUCUCUGUAUGACAACACAACAGCCAAAGUCUUCACCGUCAACAUCACUGAUCUGAGACCAGAGGAUGAAGGAACUUACUGGUGUGGGAUAGAUCAGACAGGGCGUGAUAUUUACACAGAGAUUCUACUGCUGGUUAAAACAGAUGUUCUUACCACGACUACUGUCUCACACACCACACACUCCAUGAGUACAUCAGUACAUGCUGAGAGCACACACUCAACAACAGGAUUUCCAACUCUUACAAUCGUCAUUAGUGUGUCUGUGGUUCUGGUGCUGGUUCUCAUUGCCCUUAUACUCACUGUCGUUCUACAGAGAAAAGACAAGACCCAAGCAUCCUCUCCUGGCCAACCUGCACAAAGUUCCUCAGCUCUCCAUAUGGUUCCAUGUCCUAUCUAUGAUUUUGAGGAGACUGAAGACAGCAGAUGUCUGUCUAACACACUUUACUCCACUGCUCUGCCUCCCUCAAUCCCGUCUGAGAUUUAUUCCAACACUGGAUUAAACACAGUUCCACCUGAUUGA